AUGGCCCAAGUUCUUUCAAAAAUGACCUCGUUAAUAACAAACCUCGGUCUCGCAGCCAACAAUUACACUUCUGCGUUCAUCCUCUGGAAUUGGGCAUACGCAUAUCUGCUCACGUCCCCUCGUACUCUCACAAUCCGUGCCGGACUUGACCACAACGAGAAUCCACGCUUUGAUCUCGCCAAGUACGGCGAACGCGCUGUCACCGAGGGUAAAUUGACCCGCAAAAGGCUUCAGCAGAUACAGCGAGCGCAAUCGGCGCAUCAGAAUUCCAUUGAAUCUUUUGCUUUGUUUGCUAGUACUAUGGUUUUGAUGAAUGUGGCCAAACUUGAUGCUGAAACUAUUAAUCUGAUUGGUGCGCUGUAUUCCAUCUUCCGUGUGAGCUAUGUAAAGGCGUAUUACUAUAUUGAGGAUCGGCAUUUGAGUAUUUUGCGGUCAAUUGUGUGGCAUUGUGGUAACUUUAGCUGCUUCUAUGGGAUUUGGUAG